AUGAGGAAGAGGACUGCUGACCGUGACUCCAAGAAGCAGAAGACUGCCGGAGAUGAAGCUGGUGUGUCAUCGAGUGCGCAGCCGAGGUAAAAUUGUGUAAAUUAUGCUCUCUAGACUAGAGUAUAGUCUAGUAAGUAAAUAGGCCUGUUAGGAGCUCGCCAGUUUGUAGUGCUAAAAAACAGAAAUGAAACCUCAGGUUCGUUCAGCCAUUCCUAUGGGGGAAAUUAAUGUUUUGGGGGGGGAUAAACGCCGAAUGAAAAUAAGGUCUGAGCAGUGGCGAUUUUAGCAUGUAAAUGUUGGUGGGCAAACUCACCUAUUGUUUUUUUUUAGAGACAUGCCGUCAAAGCCACGACACGACACAACACAACACUAAACAAUACGUUAAUUGACCUAUAACGAUGACAAACGGUGCCCACAAACUGUUAGGGGCUACAUAAUGCUGUCCCAACACGUUACCACUGCUACACCUGGCUAUCAGCUGAGCCAUGUCUGGCAGCGAAACAGUUCAUUCAGCCUCAUUUACUGCCUUUUAGAAAAACGUAGCUGAUAUGGCUGACUUGCUUAAACAAAUGUGGUUUCUACUGACAGUUGAGAUAUACAAACUAUGGCAUAAGGGGACGACGAGUGGAUAAGAGACAAUCCGUAAUUUUGAUUAAUACAUUAAUAAGCGAGCUAGGAUGCAUGUAGUCAAUUAACUAUUUGUUCAGCACUUUUGAAAUGUACAGCGACAGAAUUCAGAACAUGGGCCGUUCUUACAGUAUUCUCCCUGUACACCAAGUCAGAACCGUAGGAUAAAUAAAGGGGGCAUAUAAGCAGACAAUGAAAGCUCUUACAAUAUUAAAUGGUUACAUUUCUCUAAAACAGGCUAUAGGCUACAUGUGCGCCACCAAGUCAGAACAGUAGGCUAAGUUAUGAUGGGGAAAAGGGACUAAAUUAUUAGGGUGAGGCACAUGGGCUACUAACAGCUUACUGCACAACAUACACUUAGCAUUACUUUCUUAGCUACAGUAUACAUAUCUCCCUGGCAUAUUGCAUCAUUUAUGCAGCAGCAUACAAGACAUUUUUGGACUCCCCUUGUUGUGCAGUGCUCACUUGAACAGGAAGGUGGCACGGCGGUCCUUCGUGGGCAAAUUGUCAUCAAACUUUGUCAUCAAAGUCUGGCAUUCUCUGGAUUUAUGGUUCUUUCAAGACAACUGGGAACUCUGGGGGGGAAAAAACAAGGUUGAAUCAUGACAUCAGUGAUCUUCAGGUCGGAGCUCUAGAAAGAGGCCAGAGUUCCCAACUUGGAAUUCCGAGUUGGAUGACCGUUCAAAAUUCACUGAAGUCUGAGAUUUCCCAGUUCAGAGUUUCCAAUUGUUUUGAACGCGGCAGAGGUCAUGCUGGAUUGACAGCAUGGCCAAUGUUGAAUGUUUAUCCUUUUAAGCUUGGAAAAGAGACCCUUAACCCCAGACUUGGACCACACUCCCACUCCACUGAAUAACAGGCUAGUGAUUGCUUUGCAAUGCUUGCAGUUAGCCACUGAUUCCUUCCAAACCACUCAUUGUUGAAUUUGCAAUUUCCAAUUUGUUGUGUAAUGUGUAUGUCCAAUGGCCGAUGAGCACCGAUACAUUUUAUCUAUAAUUUCUCUUCAUAACUUCUCUUCAUAUGACAAGGAUUGAAAAGGAUUCGUCAGUAGAUUGUCGAUUUUGAAAGUAUGAUGUUGACAUGGUCAGUCCAAUCAAAGCUACGGUAGAUAUAACGUGAUUUGACGUCAUUUUAUCUGUGGCCAAUGACCUUAAGCUUUUUUGGAUGGGCACUUCUAGUGUAACUCUAUGGCAGCACCCAAGGGGCUUGAAUUUUCGAGCUCUCCCCGUAGAUUUUGCGUUGACGUAGUGUCCCCAUGAGUGACAGAACACUGGGCCAAUCACGGUGCGACUAGAGAACAUUUCCAACCCCUACGCUCUGUAUUUUCCGCUGGCUGCCCCACCACCACAGAAAGCACUGAGCUAGGCUGAAAAACCUACAUUUUGGAGCUGCCUUGCUCAAGAAAGCAAAAAAAGACACCAUGUUUUACUAACUCAAUUAUUAUUUUGUAAAUACAUUGUUUGCAAACUAAUGUGACAUGUAUUAAUGCCAAAAUAACAUGCAAAUCAGGCAAACAUGUGGGGCUCAAAACAGGCUCUGCCCCACCUGCCCUGAAAUGGGUCGCCACUGGGUCUGAGGUCAACACAGGCUUAGGUGUAGUGGCCUUUUAACCAUUUAAAUGAGGAUCUUCCUGCUAUGGUACAUGGGUAAGAAUGGCUGUCCAACUGUAGACAAUAAGAACAGACCCUUACGUAGCCCAUGUACAAAGCACUACAAGCUUACUGAGUGACUGCUUCAGAGUACAGCAAUAUUUUCUGCCACGUAUAAAUAACCAGACAGAGAUUUGCAGACCUUUUGCUAGAAAUGUAUUUAUUUCAAUGAACAAAAUAUCACAAAAGGGGACAUGUGCAAAGGCAAACCAGUAAAUUACUCACCACCUUAACAUAUGAAUUAUAAAAUAAGCCAAUGGCAAAGAAACCUAAAACAAACAUGCAAAAUACCCCCAGUAAAUUACCCACCAACAUAACUUGUGAAUAAGAAGGGGAAAAAAAUACAGAAAAACAUGUUCACCACCAACAUCUGUACAAAUGUCUUUAGCACACUACAAAAGUUCAACGUCAUGUCCCUGACAAAUGCAAUAUGGUUGUCAGGAGGAAGACGCGCCAUCCAUGGUCCAAUGGUGUCAAUGAGGGCACUUGCUGGACUCUGUCGCCGUUACAUUAUUUCCGCCACCUGCUGCAUAAUUUCAGCUUCCAAAGGACUCUCAUCGGUCUUCCUCUUCCAGCCACUGGAGCUGGGUCGGGCAGAUGGGGCGGAGGUUGAUGGAGUGCUGGGUCAGAGAGCGAUGGUGCGUCUGGAAGGUGCAUUGAGCAUUGGUGAGAAGGGCCAGGGAGGUGCUGAGAUCGGGGAGAUGAUGAACCACCUGUUGAUGGGCCAUCGGGCCUCUGCUCGGUCUCUUGGCUGUCCACAACGCCAUCCCCCCUCCAACACCUACAAGCAGAUGGAGAACACAUUCGAAUACAUUGCAAGCAAUCUUAACAUCUCCAUGAGCUCCUUUGAGUUAAACAUGCUCACACAAAACAUACUCACCUCCUCAGACAGACGCUGCUCAAAACUGAGAGGGACAUACAGUGCAUUCGGGAAGUAUUCAGACCCCUUGACUUUUUCCACAUUUUGUUACGUUAUAGCCUUACUCUAAAAUUGCUUUUUUUUAUGUUAUCAAUCUACACACAAUACCCCAUAAUGACAAAGCAAAAACAGCUUUUUAGAAAUUUUUGCAAAUAUAUAUGAAAAAAAAAAAACUGAAAUAUCACAUUUACAUACAGUGAGGGAAAAAAGUAUUUGAUCCCCUGCUGAUUUUGUACGUUUGCCCACUGACAAAGACAUGAUCAGUCUAUAAUUUUAAUGGUAGGUUUAUUUGAACAGUGAGAGACAGAAUAACAACAACAAAAUCCAGAAAAACGCAUGUAAAGAAAUUUAUGAAUUGAUUUGCAUUUUAAUGAGGGAAAUAAGUAUUUGACCCCUCUGCAAAACAUGACUUAGUACUUGGUGGCAAAACCCUUGUUGCCAAUCACAGAGGUCAGACGUUUCUUGUAGUUGGCCACCUGGUUUGCACACAUCUCAGGAGGGAUUUUGUCCCACUCCUCUUUGCAGAUCUUCUCCAAGUCAUUAAGGUUUCGAGGCUGACGUUUGGCAACUCGAACCUUAAGCUCCCUCCACAUAUUUUCUAUGGGAUUAAGGUCUGGAGACUGGCUAGGCCACUCCAGGACCUUAAUGUGCUUCUUCUUGAGCCACUCCUUUGUUGCCUUGGCCGUGUGUUUUGGGUCAUUGUCAUGCUGGAAUACCCAUCCACGACCCAUUUUCAAAUGCCCUGGCUGAGGGAAGGAGGUUCUCACCCAAGAUUUGACGGUAAAUGGCCCCGUCCAUCGUCCCUUUGAUGCGGUGAAGUUGUCCUGUCCCCUUAGCAGAAAAACACCCACAAAGCAUAAUGUUUCCAUCUCCAUGUUUGACGGUGGGGAUGGUGUUCUUGGGGUCAUAGGCACCAUUCCUCCUCCUCCAAACACGGCGAGUUGAGUUGAUGCCAAAGAGCUCAAUUUUGGUCUCAUCUGACCACAACACUUUCACCCAGUUCUCCUCUGAAUCAUUCAAAUGUUCAUUGGCAAACUUCAGACGGGCAUUUAUAUGUGCUUUCUUGAGCAGAGGGACCUUGCGGGCGCUGUAGGAUUUCGGAUUUCAGUCCUUCACGGCGUAGUGUGUUACCAAUUGUUUUCUUGGUGACUAUGGUCCCAGCUGCCUUGAGAUCAUUGACAAGAUCCUCCCGUGUAGUUCUGGGCUGAUUCCUCACCGUUCUCAUGAUCAUUGCAACUCCACGAGGUGAGAUCUUGCAUGGAGCCCCAGGCCGAGGGAGAUUGACAGUUCUUUUGUGUUUCUUCCAUUUGCGAAUAAUCGCACCAACUGUUGUCACCUUCUCACCAAGCUGCUUGGCGAUGGUCUUGUAGCCCAUUCCAGCCCUGUGUAGGUCUACAAUCUUGUCCCUGACAUACUUGGAGAGCUCCUUGGUCUUGGCCAUGGUGGAGAGAUUGGAAUCUGAUUGAUUGAUUGCUUCUGUGGACAGGUGUCUUUUUAUACAGGUAACAAGCUGAGAUUAAGAGCACUCCCUUUAACAGUGUGCUCCUAAUCUCAGCUCGUUACCUGUAUAAAAGACACCUGGGAGCCAGAAAUCUUUCUGAUUGAGAGGGGGUCAAAUACUUAUUUCCCUAAUUAAAAUGCAAAUCAAUUUAUAACAUUUCUUACAUGCAUUUUUCUGGAUUUUGUUGUUGUUAUUCUGUCUCUUACUGUUCAAAUAAACCUACCAUUACAAUUAUAGACUGAUCAUUUCUUUGUCAGUGGGCAAACGUACAAAAUCAGCAGGGGAUCAAAUACUUUUUUCCCUCACUGUAAGUAUUCAGACCCUUUACUCAGUACUUUGUUGAAGCACCUUUGGCAGCAAUUCCAGCCUCGAGACUUCUUGGGUAUGACGCUACAAGCUUGGCACACCUCUAUUUCGGGAGUUUCUCCCAUUCUUCUCUGCAGAUUGUCUCAAGCUCUGUCAGGUUGGAUGGGGAGCGUCGCUGCACAGCUAUUUUCAGGGCUCCAGAGAUGUUCAUUCGGGUUCAAGUCCGGGCUCUGGCUGGGCCACUCAAGGACAUUCAGAGACUUGUCCCAAAGCCACUCCUGCGGUGUCUUGGCUGUGUUCUUAGGGUCGUUGUCCUGUUGGAAGGUGAACCUUCACCCCAGUCUGAGGUCCUGAGCGCUCUGGAGCAGGUUUUAAUCAAGGAUCUCUCUGUACUUUGCUUUGUUCAUCUUUGGUGGAGUGCUGCAGAGAUGGUUGUCCUUCUGGAAGUUUCUCCAAUCUCAACAGAGGAACUCUGGAGCUCUGUCAGAGUGACCGUCGGGUUCUUGGUCACCUCCCUUACCAAGGCCCUUCUCCCCUGAUUGCUCAGUUUGUCUAGGAAGAGUCUUGGUGGUUCCAAACUUCUUCCAUUUAAGAAUGGUGGAGGCCACUGUAUUCUUGGGGACCUUCAAUGCUGCAGACAUUUUUUGGUACCCUUUCCUAGAUCUGUGCCUCGACACAAUCCUGUCUCGGAGCACUACUGACAAUUCCUUUGACCUCAUGGCUUGGUUUUUGUUCUGACAUGCACUGUCAACUGUGGGACCUUUUAUAUAGACCGGUGUGUGCCUUUCCAAAUCAUGUCCAAUCAAUUGAAUUUACCACAGGUGGACUCCAAUCAAGUUGUAGAAACAUCUCAAGGAUGAUCAAUGGAAACAGGAUGCACCUGAGCUCAAUUUCUCAUAGCAAAGGGUCUGAAUACUUAUGUAAAUAAGGUAUUUCAGUUUUAAAAAAUACAUAAAUUAGCAAACAUUUCUAAAAACCUGUUUUUGCUUUGUCAUUAUGGGGUAUAGUGUGUAGAUUGAUGGGGGAAAAAUAAUGUAAUCAAUUUUAGAAUAAGGCUGUAACGUAACAAAGUGGAAAAAGUAAAGGUGUCUGAAUACUUUCCGAAUGCACUGUAAUUGCGUGUAGCGACAGUCGAAAUAAAAGCAAACAUGCAAGUACUGUGGCAGUAGGAGCAUGUCCAUUGCUUCCGUGUUCAUAAAUACCAUAAGGGUUGUGAUGUAGACACACUUCUGUUGCAAAACUACCUCAAUACUGCCCCCCAAGUCUGCGCAAGGAUCUAUACGCUGUGUUCCAAAUUUCAUGGGGAGCUCAUGUAUGUACAAGGAGCAGCCCAUUUUGUGACUUAAAAUGACACUGCGACACUCCGUCGGCUGUUUGCGUAGACAGUGUAGAGUCCUUUUAUGAGAUCUUAUUAGUUUUGUUCUAUCAGAUAAUAUCAGUGAGCUAACAUGACCUUUAUGAAUUAUGAAGCCUUUCUGUGCUUAUUUUGAUGACAAAUGCUUCAAAAAUCAAAAAAGUGAUGUUAAUUUUCAACUAUCUCAUAGAACAAAACGUAUAAGAUCUUCUAAGCCUGUUUGCCACAGGCCUUAUUUUCUGCGUUCAUCCAAAAACCCUACAAAAAGCCCAUUUAUUUCUCCGUAGGCUUUGGCCAAUGAGCCAUUGCGGAGUUAGUCUCCAUUAGCGCCUACAAAAAGACCCCAUUACUAUUGCUCCCUGUUAUUGACAUAAAAAGCGCUUCAAUGCCAAUAUCCAGUAAGAUCCGCUGACACAGCAUGGACCUUUGUCAUUGCAAUGUUGAUACUUUUUGUCUUGCAUUUGUGGAAGUGAUGAUGCUUUCUCUCUCUCUCAGACCUAGCUCCCGUUUGCUGUGGUGGUUUCAAAAGAGGUCUCCUGGCCGUAUGUGUCAUUUAUGUUUCUGUGCCUUUCAUGAUGCGACUGUUCCCUGACAUCAUAAAACACCUGGUGUAUUCUCACAGAGGUGAGUGUAAGCUAAUCAUGAGAAUUAUCCAAAAUACUGGACAAAUCAGGAAUAACAAAUCAUAAAACUUAUAGUCUGUUUCUCUCCUUGUUUUUAGUCAGGGUCCCAUUCUUUGUCAACCUUAGCCAGCCAGCUGACCUGUCUCUUAACCACACAGUGAACAUGUACCUUCAAUCUGAGCAAGGGAUCUCAUUGGGUGUAUGGUGAGUAGGCUUUCUCCAGGUUACUUUGUGAGUAUGGUAAUUUAGCCUAAAUACCUUACCUCGGAAGUACACUCACUGCCACUGGACAGUGUAGCUUUAUAAAGACAGCAUUGAACUUUAUACAUCAAAGUCUGUACAUCGUCCCUUCCACUGUUGUCACUUCCUAAUGUUACUUACAAGUGUUGUCACUGUACAAUAUCUUCAAGGCACACAGUCCCUGAAAGUCAGUGGAAGGAGGCACAGGGAAAGGAUUUGGAAUGGUACCAAGAUUCUUUGGGAGCUGGAAUUCCGAUUAUCAUUUAUCUUCAUGGCAAUGGAGGCACAAGGUAGCAAGAACAAUGGAUUCCUGUACAAUAAAAUUGCAAAUGGCCACUGUUCUCAAUUUGAAUCUAAAAGUACACAUUCUUUCAAACAGGGCAGCAAGUCACCGUGUGGGAGUAAUAAAUGUAAGUGACUGUCGACUACAUCAAAAGUUACUUCAACAUGGCAGAAUUACAUUGGUGAUUGAUAAAUUGGUGAUUGGCCUUUGUGUCCACAGGUGCUGAGUUCAAUAGGUUACCAUGUUUUGGCUUUGGACUACAGAGGUUGGUUAUACUUACAUUUGACUAGACUGUUGAAACAUAUGCUUUAUUUAUUUAGUCUGAAUAAAUUCUAAUAAUCAUUACACAUAUCCUUGAUAACCUAGCAUUAGUCAACAUUUUGUGGUGAGACAGUGUUAUUUCACCUUGCUUGCUGUAAAGAGACUCCGAUAACCAACUCCCAUUUCCUAAUACUGCAGUAGAGCUUACCUCACCCUCUGGUGUGGGUUGCCUGUGACUGCCCCCUUGUGGUCAUAUACAAAUCAGUGUACAACUCUGCAUCAAAUUUACCUCAGGCAGACAGACAUGAUAUGAUAGGCCUAUACAUAGUCUAGUAUGUUUGCAUAAUGUACAGACAUUGAUAUAAGAAACUCUAACAGGUUUUGGGGACUCCACCGGAGAGCCCACUGAAGUUGGUCUCACCACUGACACCCUCUACUUGUACCAGUGGGUAAAAGCCCGCAGUGGGAGCAGUCUGGUGGUAUUAUGGGGACACUCCCUUGGCACUGGGUGAGUGACCAAACGUGUGCCUUCAGGUGGAUGGUUCAGUUUGUAGAGAUGAGAUAAGCGAGUGGAAAUGAUUAUUUAUAUCAAUGCACAGCAGACCUGGCCAAAAAAUAGUUGUAUUUUGAAGUUUAUUUGAAUAUACUAACUUUUCAAAUACUUGAGGUAGUCUAAUAUAGUUUAUAUAGAGUUUCAACUAAAAGGCAACUAUUUUCUUUGAUAUUCAAAUACAGGUCUAAAAAACCCAAAUAAUAUUUGAAAGUAUUUUGAAUACCUCUCAGAAAACCACAUUUAUAUUUGAAGGUAUUUGAAAAAAAAAAUGUAUUUGAUGAAGAACAGUUAGUUGAAUUAGUCUAAAUAUAUCAUCAUUAGCACAUGGUCUGGAGUGCUCUUAAUAUAGCUUAUAGCCUAGAAUUAAAUACAUGAGGGACAUGGAAUCAAUCACCUCAACAUUAGAGUAGAGCACUUUUGCAGCUUCAAAAUGAUUAACAAAGUAUUUUCAUAAUGAGUGAGACAAAGUAAUACAGUAACACUUAACAUCAAGUUAUUAUACAUGUGUAGUACUAGUGCCUUUGUGAUUAUUACAAUAGCAACAUUGUUGUUACAUAGGACUUUGGAAAUUGCUUUAUAAUUGCAUAAUAAUGGCGUUAUUACUUAAGUGGAAUAAGGAACAGUCACUAUUCCUCUUGUGUACAGUAGAACACAAAAACUCUCAGCUCAUUGCUAUGCAAUUAAAAUGCAAUUAAAGUAUUAUGUAACAACAUGUUAAUAAAAUGUUGCUCUAGUAAGUGUCGAAAGGAAACAAAAUAUCCCAAAACAGCCUUCUUGAAUCAACUACAGCCAAGGUAGGUGGAAAAUCACGUUAGUUUGUAUUCUGAGUAAAGUUCCGAGUAAAGUAUCCCUUUUUAAAGAUGGUAUAGUGUGUGUUUGAAAUAAGAACCAUUCCCCUCAGAUGGACAAAGACGUUCAAAGUUAUUUUUGCUAAGCAUCCAACUUGCUGUUUGCAAUGUUUGCAAAAAAUGCCUUUGAAUUUCUCUUCAGUAUUUUCAGGUAUCAUAAAAUGAAUUGCUGCUUAAACCUUUUCAGUGGCACGUUGAAAGAGCCACACAGUAGUUGAGCAUCACAACUUAUUUAUACAUAUGUACUAAAUAUAAUUGGUUAAUUGGUUUGACUUGAUUAUGUACACCCGAGGCAAUGGACAUUCAGGAGAAUUUACAUUUACAGAAUGUUCAGAUAGAAAUGUAUUGUGUAGAUCAAAAAUGAUUGUCAGAUUGGAAUAGUAUAGGAGAUUCAUUCUAUUUCUAUAUGCAGUUUCAUACAACCGUGCCAUUAGUUAAAGGCAGCCAAUCCAAUAGUUUCUGAAAAGUAGUCACUUCCUGAGAUUUGUAUUCAAAUAGUUGUAGUCACCUCCAAAGUAACUAUUUAUUCCCCCCAAAAUAGUUACUUUCUACAAAGCAUAUACUAUACAGUGCAUUCAGAAAGUAUUUAGACCCCUUCCCUUUUUCCACCUUUUGUUACGUUACAGCCGUAUUCUAAAAUUGAUUAAAUAAAACAUUUUCUUCAUCAAUCUACACAGAAUACCCCAUAAUGACAAAGCGAAAACCGGUUUGUCAUUAUUAAAAAUAGUAGAGUGGCCAGACAGAAGCCAUUCCACAGUAAAAGGCACAUGACAGCCUGCUUGGAGUUUGCCAAAAGGCACCUUAAGGACUCUCAGACCAUGAGAAACAAGAUUCUCUGGUCUGAUGAAACCAAGAUUGAACUCUUUGGCCCAAUGCCAAGCAUCAUAUCUGGAGUAAACCAGGCACCAUCCCUACGGUGAAGCAUGGUGGUGGCAGCAUCAUGCUGUGGGGAUGUUUUUCAGCGGCAGGGACUGGAAGACUAGUCAGGAUCGAGGGAAAGAUGAACGGAGUAAAGUACAGAGAGAUCUUUGAUGAAAACCUGCUCCAGAGCGCUCAGGGUGCUUCAACAAAGUACUGAGUAAAGGGUCUGAAUACUUAUGUAAAUGUAAUAGUUCCGUUUGUAAUUUUUAAUACAUUUGCAAAAAUGCUUGGUCAUUAUGGGGUAUUGUGUGUAGAUUGAUGAGGGGGGGAAAAACUAUUGAAUUUCAAAGUAAGGCUGUAACAUAACAAAAUGUGGAAAAAGUCAAGGGGUCUAAAUACUUUCCGAAUGCACUGUAGUUAUCCCAGAUCUGAUGCACAGUUGCACACAAUUGAGGGGUGGAAGUCACAAAAAAUCUAAUGAAACAAGCAAGCUUUAAAUAAAACUAUACACUGCAGUAUCUUAAAUGAACAAUGUUCUGCUUUCAAAUCAAACAAAUAUCAGUUAAAUCAUAUGACCACGAUUCGAAUCAUGAAAAGCCUAACAGUCAAAUGAAAUGCACGUCUCAUGUAAUGUAAUUGGGGUGUAAGGCAAAGGUACAGAUGUAGGAUCACUCUUGGUGCUGAGAAUUUUCCUGCACGGCAGGAAAUGCAAACUUGUAGUGUAUGUUGAGUUUUAAAAAGGCUUCUAAAGUUCGUAAUUUCCACUUUGAUAUUUCAGACUUCAUUUGACUUAAUGAACAAUUUAUCAACCCCUAGGAAAAUGUCCAUUUAAUUAUAAUCCACAUAAUAAUUCACAUUUCCUGGAUUGCAUGGUUAUUUUCCUGCUGUAGGAAACUGGCUCAAAUGACGAUCCUUCAUCUGUAAAGGUAAUCAAAGGUAAUAUUGUGUGUUACUGAAUAAGCAAACAAAAUAUUACCUUUGAUUACUUGUACCUUGAUUAACUUGACCUGUACCUGUAUUACCUUUGCCUUACACUCCAAAUAGAUAUGUAUUUCAUUCCACUGGUAGGCUUUUCAUGAUUUUAAAUCGUAAUAUAUUUAACUGUUUGAGCAAGGCACUUAACCCUAAUUUUCUCUAGGGGCGCCAUACUACUAUGGCUGACCCUGUAAAAAACAACACAUUUCACUGCACCUAUCUGGUGUAUGUGACAAAAACAUUUUAUUUUUAAUUAACACAUAUUUGUUUAAUUUGUUGCUUGAUCCACCCCUCAUACACAAUAUAUAUAUUUGUGAGAUGUUUAAGUUAUUAGAGAAUGUCACCACUACUACUACUACUACUACUACUUAUCUAUCACCACUAAUGGUGAUGAUUGAUUGAAAUACUCCAAUCAAUGAUUAGAUAUGACAGAACAUUUUGACAGUGACUCAGAGUAUGAGACAUGAUCAGUAAACACCAUUUUGCCCCUCAUCUGUGUACAGAGUGGCCACUAAUACUGCAGUCAAACUAAUGGAACAAGGUAGGCUUUAUUGAACCCAUUCAACUUUAAUAUUUUAUACCCUCUAGUUACAGUACAAUACACAUUUCAUGAAUGUUUUUUGUGGGACUCAGUUCAUGGAAGCUGACUUGAUAUACUUAAGUUUUUGCUUUUAUCAGGGAUUGUUGUUGAUGGUGUGAUCAUUGAGGGAGCAUACACCAACAUUCGACAGGAAGGUGCCCAUCAUCCGUUUGGCUGGGUAAGACUCACAUCCUCUCCUCUCCAUGGAGAUGCGGUACAUCUUAAAAUGCCAUGAUUUUCUAUUCAUUCAUGUACUAAACUAUACUUGUCUUCAUGUUUAAUUUUCCUUGUCCUCAGUUUUAUUGGACGUUCCCAGGUUUUGAGUACUUUUUCCUGGACACAAUGGCAGAAAACAAUGUCAUCUUCCCUAAUGAUGAAAAGUACGUAUUUUCUCGAUUUAGAUUCAGAUAAUUUUUUUACAUUUAUUUUGCUUUAUUCAACUUUUCUGUGUAGUUAUCAUCCUUUAUUUUGAGGUUAAAAGGUUUGCAAUAUGUGGAGGUUAUAAGGUUUGCAAUAUGCGGUAUCAAAUCAAAAUAACUGCUACAGUGCCUUCAGAAAUUAUUCACACCCCUUGACUUUUUCCACAAUUUGUUGUGUUACAGCCUGAAUUUAAAAUGGAUUAAAUUGAGAUUUAAUGUCACUGAUCUACACACAAUACCCCAUAAUGUCGAAGUGGAAUAAUGUUUUUACAAUAUUUUACAAAUUAAUUACAAAUGAAAAGCUGAAAUGUCUUGAGUCAAUAAGUAUUCAACCCUUUGUUAUGGCAAGCUUAAAUAAGUUCAGGAGUAAAAAUGUGCUUAACAAGUCACAUAAUAAGUCCCAUGGACUGUGUGUGCAAUAAGUGUGUAAUGUAAUUUGUUAUGUGACUACCUCAUCUCUGUGAAUUGCAAACACAGAUUCAACCACAAAGACCAGGGAGGUUUUUCAAUUUCUCGCAAAGAAGGGCACCCAUUGGUAGAUGGGUAAAAAAAAAAAAGCAGACAUUGAAUAUCCCUUUGAGCAUGGUGAAGUUAUUAAUUACACUUUGGAUGGUGUAUCAAUACAUCCAGUCACUACAAAGAUACAUGCGUCCUUCUGAACUCAGUUGCCGGAGAGGAAGGAAACCGCUCAGGGAUUUCACCAUGAUGCCAAUGGUGACUUUAAAACAGUUACAGAGUUUAAUGGCUGUGAUAGAAGAAAACUGACUAUGGAUCAACAACAUUUGAGUUACUCCACAAUACUAACCUAAAUGACAGAGUGAAAAGAAGGAAGCCUGUACAGAAUAAAAAUAUUCCAUAACAUGCAUCCUGUUGGCAAUGAGGCACUAAAGUAAAACUGCAAAAAAUGUGGCAAAGAAAUGAACUUCAUGUCCUGAAUACAAAGCGUUAUGUUUGGGGCAAAUCCAACACAUCACUAAGUACCACUCUUCAUAUUUUCAAGCAUGGUGGUGGCUUCAUCAUGUUAUGGGUAUACUUGUCAUUGGCAAGGACUAGGGAGUAAAAAACAAACAAACAAUUCUAACAUGUAUUGACUCAGGGGUGUGAAUACUUAUGUAAAUUAGAUAUUUCUGUAUUUAAUUUUCAAAUACAUUUGCUAACAUUUCUAAAAACAUUUUCACUUUAUCAUUAUGGGGUAUUGUGUGUAGAUGGGUGAGAGAAAUGUUGAAUUCAGGCUUUAACACAACAAAAUGUGGAAUAGGUCAAGGGGUAUGAAUACUUUCUGAAUGCACUGCAACCAAAUGUGUUUGAGAAUCGUUCUGAGAGAUUGAGGUUGACUGUUCAUGAAAAGUGAUGUUUCACUAUCUAUCCACAGCUUGAAGAGGAUGAGGAGUCGUCUUCUGAUCCUUCAUGCAGAGGAUGACCACAUAGUGCCCAUCCACAUGGCACAGCAGGUGUGGAAUGAUACUUUUACUGUAACUAACAAUCAUUUCUCGAUUGUGAUCUGUCCAUAGUAUCCCAAGCAACAUUUUUGAUAUUAUCUGUAUGGGUUGAAUGACUAUAUCAAGAAGAGUUCCUGGAAACAUGAUAUUUACAGUAAAGGAAGUUUCCACCCCUAAUACUUUGUGUUCCGAUCAAGCUGUAUGAAAUAGCACAGAGUGCACAGAACUCGGAGAAUCAGGUAAAGAUGAUACCGUUCGCCGGAGCCCUUGGGUACCUUCACAAUGGAUUAUACAAAGACCCUCGCCUGCCAGACAUCAUCCGGUUAGAAAAUCUUGUCAACUCUUCAGUUGCCAUUUCUAUUUGGCAAAAAUUGCAAUUCUGAUUCUAAAUUGUUUUAUUUUAACAAGAAUCGUAAAAAUAUUUCCAUCCAUAUCGUUACAGGGAAUUUGUACAUACAUUGGCCCCCUAAUCCAGUGACCUAUGCAGAAGAGCCUUUGGACAUCAAGUGUUUCAACAUAACUAGAGGACUGCAAAUCCUAGAUGCACAGUUUGCACAUAAAUGUGUCUCUUUACCUUAUGGCAAAUCAAUAGGGUAAACCUCAAUCACAUGGUCCAAUCAUUGACCUAAUAUCAGAUAAAAGUUACAUUGAUAGGAAUGUAAAGCACUUACUUAGCCGAAAGGACUGGGGAGGGAGAGAGUCUGAGGUCCAGCUCUGGGCUGAGAGGUCCAAUGCAUUAUUAUCUAGCUAUAGCCUAUGUGCAAAUUACAAAACUUCUGAGAUGGAACCAAUGAAUUUGUUGACUGUCAGUAUGUUGCCUUUCAAUGAAUGAUAAAUGUGAAGAAUGAUGACUAAUCAAUGUUUAAAGUGUCAAGCUUAGGUGAAAUCUUUGUGUUGAUUACAGAAAGGUUACUGCUGUAAACUUUUAUUUUUGGCUAGUAUUAUCCCCAGAUUCCAAAAUCAUGUUUGCAAGUACAAAUAAAACCUGAUCAACGCUCAUGAAUCUUA